GCUUCUACUCAACCCCAACCCAGCCUCUACCCCAACCACAACCCAGCCUCUACCCAACCACAACCCACCCUCUACCCCAACAACAACCAGUCUCUACCUCAACCCAGCCCAGCAUCUACCCCAACACCAACCCAGCCUCUACCCCAACCCCAACUCAGCCUCCUACCCCAACCACAACCCAUCCUCUACCCCAACAACAACCCAGUCUCUACCUCAACCCAGCCCAGCAUCUACCCCCAACCCCAACCCAGCCUCUACCCCAACCCCAACUCCAGCCUCUACCCCAACCACAACCCUAGGGUCUCACCUCAACCCCAGCCCAGACUCUACCCCAACAACAACCCAUCCUCAACCCCAACAACAACCCAGCCUAUUCCCCAUCCCAGCCCAGUCUCUACCCCAACCCCAACCCAGCCCCUACACCAACCACAACCCUAGUCUCUACCACCCAACCCAGCCUCUACCCCAACCCAGCCUCUACCCCAGACCCAAUCCUAACUCCAGCCCUAUACCCCAGGCCCAACCCAGUCUCUACCCCAGAUCCAAUCCCAACCCAGCCUCUACACCAGAUCCAACCCAGCCCAGACUCUACCCCAGACCCAAUCCUAACCCAGCCUAUAUCCCAGCCCCAACCCAGCCUAUAUCCAGCCCCAACCCAGCCUAUAUCCCAGCCCCAACCCAGCCUAUAUCCCAGCCCCAACCCAGUCUCUACCCCAGACCCAAUCUCUAA